AACUGCUCACACAUCUCCGUCGGCAUUGCAAGUUGAGCACACUUGUAGGGCACAACACACCACACAGCCUGGCCUAAUCACAAUUGAUUAGACCUUGUUCGGCCCUGUACCAGCCAGCCAGACGCGCGCCGAACGAUACAAACCCCGGUACAGCCGCAUCACACCAGCUAGGUUAGCAGCUCGUUCCCAGGAACCACACUGCCGCUCGCUGCACAACACACUCCAGCCUCUGUCAACUGCAGCACCUGCAGCAACGUACUCUGUGAAAACACACGCCAACGCCCCUCCCAUCGCCGGCCCCGCGUUUCUCGCGUCAUGGCCCCGAGGUAGAAACCCCCCGAAUGGCAACCCUCCACCCUCUCGACGCACCGCCUUGAACACGGCCAUUGCGAGAUCCAAACUUGCCAACUCCCACACUUCUACUUCUUCUCUGCCGAAAGACAACACCGACGCCCCAUCCCCUCCCCAUCCCCCAGCGCGGUGCCCACCGCCCGCCAUGCACCUCUGGCUUGGGCUCCUGGCGCUCGCGGCCGCGCCCCCGCCAGCAGCCGCCUACGUCCCCGCGCUGCCGGUCAACGACUCGACCGUCAUCCCCUCGUCCUCCCUCACCGUCAAGUGGGUCAACCCCCUCGGCCUCCCGGGCGUCUACGGAAACAGCAAAGUCUCGUAUCAGCUCUCGGCCGACACCCACACCACCAACGUGACACAAGGCGCCCUCGUUCACUUUACAGAGGAGACGAUGGGCCCGAACGUCACCUCGUCGACGCCGUGGAUCGCCUACAUCUCGUGCGAUGCCAACGAGACCAACGCCAGCCAAGAGUGGGACAUGAUCACACUUGCGCGCGACCGAGGAGCCGUGUCAGCUCUCCUCUACACCCUCUACUCGUCCGCCUGCCUCCUCAAUCAAAACUACAUUCAGAACUUUGAAAAGCCACUCGAUGUCUUUUGCACGUCGAGCAAGGACACGGCGAGGCUGUUCAACUCGCAGUUUGUCAACACAAACGACACAUACUUUUACUUUAACGCCCAACAGCUAAAUAACUCCGCAAGCGAUGUGAAUACGACACUCGCAGGCGGCAACCUGCCGCAUAUGAGCUACCUCGCCGCUACUAUUGUUGCGCGUAACGACACUGAUCCUCUUCCGACGAGUACAGCACCCCAGCCGACCGAUUCCACCGACAGCCCCUCGGGUGGAGGCAAGAACAAGGGCAUGAUUGCGGUGUAUGUCAUCGCCGGCUUCAUCUCGGCCAUGGUGUGUAUCACCGUGUUCUCCGUCAUCCGUCGAUCGCUCGCACCUCAGUCACAACAGCCCGAGGCAGGGCCGGGAGAGCCGCCACAACCAUUACGGCGUGUGGGCCUCACACAAGCCAUCAUCGACACGUUCCCGAUCAUCAAGUUUAACAAGGAGGGCAACUCGCCGCGUGCGCAGCAACGGCAGGUCUACUCUUCUCCCCCACGACAAAGCAAGAAAGGGGAACCGUACAAGCCCAACGAGUCGCAAAUAGGUGUCAUGCUUCCUGAGCUGCGGGCUCGCAACAGCACAGUGUCGAGCAAUCACUACGGCGGCAGCACGCGGAUAGGGAGCAUCGUGUCGCCCAGUGCAUCAAUCCGCGACUCGGCUCUGUACGAGGCUGAGCCUGAAGAGUUUUACGAGGCUCGCGAGGUGCAACUCCCCGAGACACCGUCGAUCGUAUCCGACGACCAGUGUCCAAUCUGUCUACUAGAGUUCGAGACCGGCGACGACCUGCGCGUGUUGCCGUGCGAGGGACGGCACCGGUUCCACCAAGUGUGCGUCGACCCGUGGCUACUCAAAGUGUCGACGAGCUGUCCGCUGUGCCGAAAAGACUUCAAUCCCGAGGCGAUUGAACAACAUGCCGAGAGCAGUGAUGAGGACGCCGAGCACGACACCGCCCCCACGCGCAUCACGGCGCGCUACCUCGCGCUCAUCAAGCGCGCGCGCCGGCGGAUGAGCAGUUACGGCGGCGAACGCGACCGCACCACGAGCGUAUCGUCUGCACGGCCACGCGACGAGCAGACGGGGCCGGGCGGAUACUGAAACUGAUCAGGCAUCAGACCAACAACAAACCACAGAGAUGAUGAGACCUAAGACCUAUAGACUGUACACCACGGA